UAACCCGGCUCCUUCCCACGGCGAGGAAGACGCGGUGGCGAGGAAGGAGACGACGCGUGGCGCGGAGCCCGCCGGGCGCCCCUCCUCGCGGGAAGGGCCCGCGGAGGCGGCGCGGCCCCGCUGAGCGAGGCUCCCGAGGAGCCUGAGGAAUGCCGGACGCUAACGAGAGCCAGACGCGCCCGCUCGGCGGCCCGCGCGCGCGAGGGACGGGAACGGACGGGGCCGUGGGAGCCGCUUGAAUUGACUGGAUGAACCAGAAGAUCUCUGGGAAAAGUGUAAGCGAGGAAUCAAAUCUUGUUUCACAAGGUGGCUGCAUCUCGCCUGUGAACAAGACACUCUUAACACUCCUCUCCGGACUGCGCGACUGCUUCUGCGUACGGGGAUUUCUCCCGCUCCCUUCUCGCUCACUGAUCAGCGGUGACUUGGCAGAGGCAAAACACCCGUGGUUACCAAACCUAACAACGAGGACACAUUCCUUCCAACUUUAUGUUUUGAUUCAAAAAGGGUAAAAGCAAUGGACAUUGGCACCAGGCAGCUCAAACACGCAUUUUAAGCCCCGGACACACUGUGGAGACAAUGAAAGUGCGUCUCAAAGGGGAUGCGAUCUGCACCCUUUUCCUGGUGGUAGCACUUGGCUCUUUACUCUAUUCCCAGCGAGAGCACCUAGCCCCAGCAGGAAACAAGGAGCUGACACACAAGAAACCUUCAGUAACACAGAGAAUCUUCUCUGAUCCCAAAGCACCUGGGAGACCUACGCCAGCGAAGGCAACAGUUCCCAGACCCCAAAUAAUUCCUAUGGUUAAACGAGCAGAGGUGGCAAAUGACAGGGUCCAAAUUACAACUUCUCCACCAUUGAUUGAUUCCAGCUUCAACUUCAAGCAUUAUCUCCUAAACAAAGACAACAGGAACUUCAACCUUCUUAUUAACCAGCCCAAGAAAUGCAGGAAAAUACCUGGAGGUCCCUUUCUGCUCAUUGCUAUCAAAUCGGUGGUUGAAGACUUUGACAGACGUGAGAUUGUCCGAAAGACUUGGGGUAGGGAGGGUUUGGUGAACCGGGAGCAAAUUCAACGAGUUUUCCUCCUGGGAACACCAAAGAACAGGACAGCGUUAGCGACAUGGGAGACCCUUAUCCAUCAGGAGAGUCAGGCAUAUAGGGACAUUUUACUCUGGGACUUCAUGGAUACUUUCUUCAAUUUGACCCUGAAGGAGAUCCAUUUCCUGAACUGGGCUGCUGAAUUCUGCUCCAGUGUGAAAUUUAUUUUUAAAGGUGACGCUGAUGUUUUCGUCAACGUAGAGAACAUUGUUGACUUCCUUGAGAGACAUGACCCCACUGAGGACCUCUUUGUUGGGGAUAUCAUCUACAACGCCCGCCCCAUUCGUGUCCGAAAGAGUAAAUACUAUAUCCCAGAGACCAUGUAUGGGCUAAGCAUCUAUCCAGCCUAUGCAGGAGGAGGAGGUUUUUUACUGUCCAGCCGCACCAUGAGGAAGCUCUCCAGAGCUUGCAAAGAGGUGGAACUCUUCCCCAUUGAUGAUGUCUUUUUGGGCAUGUGCUUACAGAGAAUCAAUCUCAAACCCAUUUUGCAUGAAGGAUUCAAGACCUUCGGCAUUGUUAAACCUUCUGCUGCCCCACAUCUGCAGACAUUUGACCCCUGUUUUUACAAAGAUCUCAUGGUAGUUCACAGUCUAAAAGUUGCUGAGAUCUGGCUAAUGUGGAAUCUGCUCCACAGCCCUCGGCUUUCCUGUACUCAGAAGAAGCAGGUGAAGAAGCCUUUCCAGUGGAAAAACAAAGUUCAAACAGCAACACGGGCAUCACUCUUCUGAUCAUGCAGGCAGACCACAGCAGAAACACAUGGCAAACCAGCUGUGCAAGGGAACCUAGAACUGUUGCAAUCAAACAGACUUUAGAAGUAUUUUAGUGUAUCUUUCUUACUACAUUAAGAGAACAGCACAAACUAUUGUUGAAGUCUGCCAAAAUUCCACAUUUGCAUACACAUACCAUACAGUAGGUGAUUCUCUGUUAAUGAGUCAAAAUAAUUUUAACAAUAGCUUUAAUUUAUUAUUAUUUAUUAUACUUGCAGUAGUGCUUAGAGGGCCAAUAUAUACAAAUGCAUUAUAAAAUGCAAAUCCUUAGAAAUUUUUCAGUAUUGUUAGGAAUGUGACAAGAGAAAGACAGGGUAAGAGAUCAUGCCAUGGAGCACAAGGUUGGUUGUCAACUUGUUACCUUGAUUAGAAUAACUCAGAUUCAUUGAGAAAUUACCAAACACCACAGUAACUAGCAUAAAAGAAAUCAGGUCUCCCCUGUGAAUGCUCAAAUCGAAUUGCCACUGCCUGGUUGGUUCUCAAAAGAGAUACCUCAAAAGAAAAGAAAAGGAAAGAACAACUAACAGAGCUAUUGAAAGAGGGUUGCAGUUAAGAUGGACUACAAGAAAACAAACUGUAGGCAAGGGCUGGAGUGGCUGGUUGAGCAGAGGACAGGUAAGUAGGUAGCUGUGAAGGAGCAGAAGUCUAAAGGUCCUUUAGGAAAAGGAUAAGAAAUAGUUUCAGCUCAUCCCUCUUUAUAUCUUGUUUAUUCAUUAUUCAUAGCAGCACUUCAGUUCAAAUACGUGUUCUGCUGACAUAUUGUCAGGACUCCAGAGGACCUACCUGCGGUGUUUUGGGGAGCUCAGGCUCUCUACGCUAUAUACGCUGACUGGCACUCUCUGAAAACUCAAAGUCAUCAUCCAACAGCAAUUGACCCCCCUCUCACCAUCUAAUCCAGAUCUUAGGGAGGUUUGCAUCUGGAAAGCUCUAUUUUGGCCUUUUAUAGUGAGGGAAAAACCGUACAGAAUCGCUGCUUAUGUCACAUUUGGGGAGCUUCUCCAAACCAAAAGGAAGCUUGUUGAUGGACUGGGCUAGUUACUACAGACUUGAUCACUUUGCACUGUGUAUGGUCAGCUACAAAGAGCAGCUAAGACUUUUGAGAUUGCUAAGUAUGCAAGGUGAAGGGUUAGGAUAUCCUUUGCAUAAAAGGGCUUCCAAAUAUAAAAGCCUUUCUAAAGGCAUUGCAAAAAAGCAAAAACGCACAGCAAUCUUUCUCUUGGUAGAUGCCUUCCCGCAUUUCAGUUACUGCCUGCAACUCAGUAGGCAUUUUAAGCAUAAGAUAAGGACACUGGGAUUGUUUUUUGGUUUGGUUGAUUUUUUUUUCUCAGUUUUCUAAACUAUGGUCAACACUUAAGCACUUAGAUCUCACUCUAACCUUCCUCCUGCUCAGCUGUAGUUUGGGCUCAGCUCUCAUUAACUAUGCACAGCAUGGAGGAAAACAAGUUAGCAGUAUCUAUGGGUGUGAAUAAUUAGAGGUAUACAGCAAUGCAUUAUCUUCAUUUUGAGAGUUCAAGCCUUAUGAUAAUGUAUUUUCAGGGGGUAGAAAUUAAAGGACCAUAGGGGAUGUUUUCAGGACGGCAGCUUGCAAUACAAAAUGCUCAUGGGAGCUUUACAAAUAGCUCUGUGGGGUGUGGAAACGAGCCUUGCUGAUGGAAAAAACACAGUCACUCUCUUGCCUGAAGAUGCGCGACAGGCAUGUAUUUAUGAGCUUGCACAGCAAUGUAUUAUCUGUGAUUAGUUUACAAGUUGGGAACUUAUUUAUACUGUAAUUAAAAGUUAGCACAUAAA